UUCAGUUACUAAAGUUUAUGCAUAAUGUAUACAGAGAUGCUUUUGCAUUGAAAUGCAAUGCAGUAGCAUUUUUAAAAAAUUCUUUCGGAUUUUCUUUAGGGUGUUUUCACUGGUAAGGAUUAAAUCAAUUUUGAUUGAAAUUACCUCCAAUGCAAAUAGAAUGCUCAUACUGGUUAUAUUCCCAUAUUCUGGCAUAUCUUUAUUAGUAUAGAAACAUGGCACAAAUAACAUGGGAGGGUUCACUUUUUACCCCAAUACUCUUAAUUUUGUAUGUCUGAAAAUACUCUUAAUUUUAUAUAGUGUCACCGUGAUUGCUCUUCUGCCAUUCUUACAGAACAGGAAGGAUGUUCUAAAGUGAAAGUUUUUCUAUUGCUGUACUAGUCUCCUGCUUCCCACAUUGCCUGCACUCCCAUAACUUAUAUAAUUUGGAGGAUCUUAUGAUCUUUAUACAGAUACCUCUUCAGCCUGGGAGCUGACUGAGAUUAGCCAUAUUAUAGUCCUCACUUAUUUGGUUUUCUCAAUAGAUUUGUUAUUGAAGGUGUGUGGGACAUAACUGUAUAGAUAUAGCAACUACACCAAUACAAUAACCCAAAAAGUAAACAACAUGCAAAAGAACUUUAAUUUGGUGCAACAUGGCUUGUAGUAUGCCUAAUCAUGAUUGUUUGUGAAUUACUGCUUCUCCUCAGCGGAAGAUAAUCUAUAUAGGGCAUAGAAUUCCAUCACUGAGAUCAUAGGGGCACUCUAGGUUAGUCUUCCCCAAAAAGAUACCAGUUAUGUUGGGAAUAACUGCCAGAAUUUCCAGCCAAUGUAGCUGGUGGUAGUAACAGCAGGGAAUUUUGGGAGCUGGAGUGAAGAUUACUAUACAUAAGGCACUGUUUGCUUUGGACCCAAUGAACAUUAUUGGGUACUUUAGCAGUGCUAUUGCAAAACAGUUGUAGAUGUAAUUGGUACUUGAAAAAGAGAUCAUAUGGAUCACCCUGUAAAUUGCUUUGAACUUCUAGAAGGAAGAGGGAUAUAAGUACAAUAAAUAAAAAGAGUUUGGCAAAUAAAACUAUGUGUUAGAUGAGUAGGGUCUUGAAAAGUGGGUCUUCAGUAAAAUUGGCUAUGGAUUAAAAGGUUUGGCAUUCACAGGGCUGUGUUUUCUGUUGGUUUUAAAUGCAUUAGCAGCUUUUCUGGCUUCCUCUGAAUAACCUUAAUACCUGUAUCUUCACUAAUCUUUUUUAACUGUUAAGCAUUGGGUUCAUUUUGAUUUAUUUUUUAUUGCAUUCCCUUUUCCCCCACCUUCUAACCAUGAUGCCUUCUGUCAUUCCUCAGUACCAACCCAUAUUAUUAUUUUUCCCUUUUCUAUUCUUUAUAGUCUCCACCCUUCAGAUUAAAGUGUCUUCUUCCCCUUUUCACUGCCAGUCUCCUCCUCCUGACUACAGUAACUACAAUGCUUCUACUUCCACUGGUGCAGUUGUUCCUCCUCCUCCUCCUUAUGCCAAAGCAAUCUCAUCAGCAUCUCCUCUCCCUGAAUCUGCUAGCAAGGCCUCUUUCAAAUCUGUUCAUGGUGCCAGGGAAUCCCCUCUGCUUUGCCAUCAGUAUUCUGCCUCUGAGUUUCCGUCAUCUCCUGGCCCUUCCUUUCCACCAAUUUGGCCAGGCUACAGAACUGUUACACGAAGCACCAAGGAAAUCUCUUUAUCUCCACCUCUUGCCUCUACUUCCCCUCAUCAGUCCAUAAGAUGUUCUUCCCUGUCAUAUUCUCCUCAAUCUGCUUCUCCUCCUGUGACCUUUAUAUCCCCUGUACAAAAGGGGCUGAUCCUGCAGCCCCAUAUUCCAGUAGUCUUUCCUGUGAUUGCUGCCCAGAAUGGCAGAAUUCAGGGGUCUACAGAUGCAGUGGUCCAAGAUGCCUCAGCAAAUGUACCUCAGUCAGGUCUGAAUGGCCGGCAUGAAGAUUGUUUAGCUACACAAAUUCCUCUAAGCUCCUCUAGGACACAGGUAAAGAGAAAAGAUCAAUCUUUUUUCUCCUACUUAGAAGCAGUGCCCAUUUCACAUUUACCUGGAUCCAGCCCACCUGGAUCCUUUAUCCAGGCUUUUUCUUGGCCCUCCCAACAGUUGCCUCAUUCUCCACACCAGCUGUAUCCAUCUAUGUCACACUUUGUUUCAUUACAUCCUCAUUAUGCUGCUAUAUCUGAGAUGAAUUUGUCCAAGAGGACCCCUUCUUACAUGACUUCAUCUACCUUUUCCCACAUGAGUCCUGCCCUACCACCAGGUCACCCUUCUGUUGCCACUGGAAUGCCCACAUCGUCUGGUGGACCACCCCCCCCCCCUCCCCCCCCCCCCCCACCUACGGGAACCGCGCCACCUCCUCCUCCUCCAUUGCCAGCAGGUGGUGGAGGAACUAGCACUGAUGACGGAUCAGUAUCAGGACUAGCAGCAGCUCUGGCUGGUGCCAAAUUAAGGAGAGUGCAACGGCCAGAGGACGGAUCUGGAGGUUCUAGUCCCAGUGGUGCUUCCAAGAGUGAUGCCAAUCGAACAAGUAGUGGAGGAGGUGGACUUAUGGAGGAAAUGAAUAAACUGUUGGCGAAAAGGAGAAAAGCAGCAUCCCAGUCAGAUAAGCCAGCAGACAAAAAAGAAGAGGAAAGCCAAAAUGAAGAUGCUAGCACUUCCCCUUCACCUGUUACACGCGGCCCUGUCCAACAGCAGAAUUCUUCAGAUGCUGGGAAGAAACUUUGGGAGAGAAGCAACUCCAUGGAAAAACCGGUCACUUCGUUACUCUCUAGAAACCCAUCAGUGGUGAGAAGUCCUGAAUCUAAAGGUCCCGUUCACUUUCAGCCAUCUUUUAGGAUGAAGCCAGCAAGCAGCAGCAAUGAUGUGGCAAUGGACACUUUAGAUUUUGAUCGUAUGAAACAAGAAAUAUUGGAGGAAGUCGUAAAAGAGUUACACAAAGUAAAAGAAGAGAUAAUUGAUGCCAUCAGGCAGGAAUUGAGUCGAAUCAGCACAACAUAAUGGCAGCGAGACCAUCUGGAAGUUGCAAGGGACAUGACAAGUGAUGGAUCAUUUCUAAGUGUACCAAGAUCAUGCAGAAUGGUGAAAGAGGACACCUGACAGCAUCCUUUGUUUUUAAAAUCCUUUUUAUUAGCAGACUCAGCAGACUUUGAAGCUUGCUACUGCCUUGGAUUUGCUUCAUUUAAAAAAGAACGAAAAAAGUCUUAAAAUCUUUGAAAUGGAAAAUAUUAAACAUUUAUCUGGAUUUUUAAAAUUUCAUCUGACAAUGCACAUCAGAUUUGGUCAGCCUUUUUGUAUUUUGUAUUUGCUUAUUUAAAUGUAUGACAUUUUUGUUUUUAGUAUAUAGUAGGUAAAGAAACAUGUGAUCCAUUUGCUUUUAUUAGAUGACUUCAAAAUAAUUUUACUGAUAGUCUGCAGUGUAAAUGAAAACCUUUUUGCCAACAGAACCUAAUUAAUGGCAUCACUCGUUGAGGCCAGAGGAUGCCAGCUGUCAGCCAGGAAGUCCCUAGUCUCAAAGCUACCACCAUAUUGAAGCGGUACAUCAGUGCAUCACAGUAUCUGUGCUCAUACUGGUAAUAAAUUGUUCAUUGUCCACGUGGCAUU